AGUGCACUCGCACUGGAUGUAGCCACACCGUAAGCAUGACAAUAAACACGCUCAAUCAAGCCGGGAACUACAAAGUGCAGAUGCCGUGUUUAACAAGGAUGGAGCGAGUUAUUGUAGCUAUGCAAGAUCCCGAUAUGGGAAUGAAGAUGAGGAACCAGAGGCUUCUUAUUACUGUCAUUCCACAUGCCAUGACAGGAAAUGAUAUUGUGGAGUGGCUGAUUCAGAAAUAUUCCAUCGCAGAGGAAGAGGCAUUGCAUGUGGGUAAGCUGAUUGUGAAGUUUGGUUACAUUUACCCACUGAAGGACCCAAGGACACUGGCCCUCACCCCAGAUGACUCUCCCUACCGUUUUCAGACUCCAUACUUCUGGACUUCGAACAAAUGGCCAGCAUCAGAGUUAGACUAUGCUAUUUAUUUGGCAAAGAAGAACAUUCGGAAACAAGGAGAACUAAUAGACUACGAAAAGGACAAUUACAAUCUCCUGCACAAGAGAAUUAACCAUACCUGGGACUUUGUGGUGAUGCAAGCAAGGGAACAGCUGAGGGCAGCUAAGCAGAGACGGAAGGCUGAUCGGAUUGUUCUGGAAUGUCAGGAGCAAGCGUACUGGCUUGUCAACAGACCCCCACCGGGGGCAUUUGAAGUCCUUGAACACGGCCCAGAACGACGAAACUGCUUGAGCUCACGGGUACAGCUGAACACUGAGUACUACAAAAAAGAGAUCGAACGCAACAAAAAAUUCCUGUCACGAACUCGAGUUAAGUCCUCAAUUUGUCUGGAAAGCUAUGUCAAAUUCAGUGAGCAGUACCUGGCCCAUGACCCCAUCAUGCAAGGCUGCCUUCCCAGCAACCCAUGGAUAACAGAUGACACCAUGCACUGGUCAAUGAAUUCAGAUAUGGUGAACACCCCGACAAAGCUCAGGGUGGAGCGCUGGAGCUUUAGCUUCAUGGAGCUGCUGAACGACCCUCUGGGAAGACAUGAGCUCAUGCAGUACCUGGAGAAAGAGUUUAGCGCGGAGAACCUCUGUUUUUGGCAAGCAUGUGAAGACAUCAGACAUGGAGAGAGCUCUAAAAUUCAACAGAAAGUGGAGGAAAUGUACAAGCAGUUCCUUUCACCAGGGGCCAGCAAAUGGGUUAAUAUUGACAGCAAGACCAUGGAGAAGACUCUACUGGGCAUCCAGAACCCACAUCGCUUUGUUAUGGACGAUGCCCAAAUGCACAUCUACUUCCUUAUGAAAAAAGACUCCUAUCCUAGAUACUUAAAGUCUGAACUGUACAAGAAGAUGCUUGCCAAAGCCAUUGUGCCACAGGAGACAAAGAAAAGUGUCUUCCCGUUCAUGAGGCGCCAACGUCAUUCAAGCCCUAGUCCUGCACUGGCCUCUCACGCCACCACAGAAGAAGAUGGGAAAGCAAAGCCCUCUGGGUCUGCUGGAGGCUCAGGUGCCACCGCACCAUCAGCACAAGUAGCGACCUGCUCUGGAACUGUCUCUCAGGUGUGAGCACACCCGGCUGCCCUCCGAGGCUUGGUUCUUGGAGAACGCUUUUCUGAUCUUUGUGUGGAGUGUCCCAGGUCAUACCAUACACAUCGGUUUUGUUGUUCACUUUAUGCAUCAAUGCAUUCAUUUAGCUCACUUUAAAUGCAGAAAUAUAGACUGGGUGUGAUAGAUAACUUGGCCAAGUUACUUCAUUUUAUACAUAUGCAAGAUGUUUUUUACCUAUAGGUGUUUUCCACUUAGUUUUUCAUGCCGGUGAUGUAGGGGCAAACAGAUCUUCCUUCUUGGACUCACUGAAAUGUAAUUACGUUUCUGUACAUUUAAGUACUGUAUAUACACCACAGAAUGAAACUUGGAACACUAUUUUAUUUUGUACAAGUAUAUAUCUCUAAACAUUUGCAUUGAAGUAGGAGUCAUUGAGAAAGAAUCAUCUAGACCAAUUUAUUGUAGCCUUCUUCUCCCUUUACAAUGUGUUUCAGUGCACAUAUUUGGAUGCAUAGAGGGGAUGUUUGAAAUUUGUUGGUCUCAUUGUUUGUUGUUCAUCUGCAUGUAUAUCACUUUUUAAUUCAGGCAAUGCUUUGAGUUGUAAAUACACUGUCAUCCAACUGAUUACAAUAAACCAAACAACCUUGUGGUG